AUGGCAUCUGAAAAAGUAACAAUUGAACAAGCGGUUCAAAAAUUAUCGGAAGCAAAUAACAACAGCAAUGGGCGUCUGAAUGCGCUCGAGACAAAACUAGAUGAAAUUCACUUCAAUUUAAUAGAACAGCAUAAAAAUAUGAACAUGGACGUACCAAAUGAAAUGAUGAAUGUACAAGAAAAAAUGAUAAAUCAAAUCGAAACCAUUCAAAAAAGAACAGAAGAAUUGCAAGCCACAACAACGUCCAAAUUAGAAGAAAAACAACAACAGUGGGAGCAAUUAACAAACAAUAUUCGAGAUAUGAGAACAGAAAUGAAAACAAAUUGUGAGGCGCUGGAAACAAAAGCAUUACGAAAAAAUGAUCAAAAUCAACUAAUGGAAGAGAACGUAUCCACGCCUCACACACAACUUAAUUCAUCAGCAAUCAAUGAAUCAUUUGAUAAUGGUGAAUCCGAUCACCACAAUAUAACAGAACAAAGACAACAGGCUGAGAAUAAUGCACGACAAAUGUUAUUAAAUGAACGUCCCGCUCAAACAGCACACACCAUCAUUAUCCCACCAUCAUCAUCAAUACCAACAUUUAGUGGAAGCACCUUGGAAAGUCCUCGUCAAUUCCUCAUUCGAGCCAAAGAAUACGCAGAAACAAUAAAUUAUUGGAAUGACCAAUUGCUUCUCAACGGCAUCUCACAAUUUCUUCAAGGUACGGCCCUUGAGUGGUACUGCCAACUACGUGUCUCAAAUCGACGUCCACAAACUUGGAUCGAAUUCAAGGUAAUUUUUCUCAAUCAAUGUAACUCACCAAUCCGACGUGCACGACAAGAACAACAAUGGAAAGACUGUAAACAAGAAGAAGAGGAAACAAUUAAUGAAUUCAUCGUUCGACUUCGUACCCUCUGGCAAGAACAAAAGCCGAAUGAAACAGAAAAUGAUCUCAUUCGACACCUGAUGUGUAAGAUGAGAAACAAUUUAUUAACGAUGAUUGGAAUAUCCCUAUGUGAAUCAUUAGAUGAAAUUAUCACCGAAGCUCAAAAAAUCGAAGAAAUACUCUAUCAGCGAAACAAACAACAACAUAGAAAUGAUAACCACGACUUAUUGCACAAUGAUAUAUCAACAACAGCAAUGUAUAACAACGAUGAUCAUCACGAGGUGCAAACAAUGUCAGCUCAUCAAACGAACCAACAAACAAAAUCAAACAACAGAGGAAAUUUUACGUCGAAUAGAAAUGGCAAUUAUAAUGUCACACCUCGACAAUCAUAUUAUUCAACACAAGGCACACGCAACCAACGCAACUUAUAUUCAUUAAAUGAGACAAAAUGUUACAUGUGUGGAAGAAAAGGACACUCCAGAAAAGACUGUCCAUAUCAAUAUAAUACUUAUCAACAACAGAAUACUUGGCAUUAUUCAAAAAACGCCGAUGGAGCGCACGAUGGACGGGACCAUGGCGCUCCAAACUAA